AUGGCCGGACUCGAGGGACAAUUGGAAAAAUUCUGGAAGAUAGAAGAGCUGGAGGUCGUUCGCUCAAAAACCAAGGAAGAAGAAAUGUGUGAGGAACACUUUAAAAAUACGUACAUCCGAGACCAGGAAGGAAGAUUUAUAGUGAAGCUGCCGCAGAGAUCCAAUGUCAUUUUAGGAGAUUCCUUUGAGGGCGCGAAAAGAAGACUCAUCGGGGUAGAGAAGCAAUUUCAGAAACAGCCAGAGUUACAAGAAGCAUACACUAGUGUCAUGUCAGAAUACGAGGAAUCAGGAGAUAUGUACCUUACUGAAAAUUUCCAAGAAGAGCUGGUUGAUCCGUUUUACUUACCACAUCAACCAGUGAUCAGGAAGGAGAGCAUGACAACCAAAUUGAGGGUCGUAUUAGACGCAUCUUUCAGUUCAUCGUUGGGAACGUCAUUAAAUGACAAAUUAAUGACGGGUCCUAAUCUGCAAAGCGACAUUUUAGAGAUGCUUAUGCGUUUUCGUACUCAUGAAUUCGUUUUGACUGCAGACAUAACUCGGAUGUUCAGGCAAAUCCACGUGGCGAAGGAGGAUAGGCAUCUACAACAAGUUCUCUGGAGGAAGGACAGGUCUCAACCGAUUAAGGCAUACACAUUAAAGACAGUCACGUUCGGAACUGCAUGCGCUCCAUUUUCAGCUAUGCGGUGCCUACGUGAACUUGCAAAUCUGAAUAGAGAAGUUUACCCAGAGGCUGCAGAAGUUAUAGAAAAGGAUUUUUACAUGGAUGAUUUGCUGACGGGUACCAAGACCAAAGAAGAAGCUAUGAAGUUACAAGGGGACUUGUCGGACAUACUAAUGAGUGCUCAAUUCCCUUUUCGGAAAUGGCGUACGAAUGACCCGGAGAUUCUGAGUCGCAUCAGCGAUUUAGGUAAAACAGACGAGCUGUUGGUGCUUGACAUACAAGGAAGUACUAAAACGCUUGGACUUUUGUGGAAUAGCAACGAAGAUGUCCUACAAUACAACGUGAGACUGCCAAAGGAGGAAAAGGUCACUUGUAAAGAAGUAUCUUGUCCGCUAUUGCUCAUAUUUAUGAUCCCCUUGGCAUAA